AGUCCCACGUGACCCCCUCCUCCCGGGGAGGGCGGGGAAGCCGCGGUUGCCAGGCGACGGCGCAGCGAGCGGCCUGGCCGGGAGGUCUCUGCAAUGAGAUGGGACAGUAGCUUGUCAUCAUGGGGGACAUCCUAGCCUAUGAAGCUGAGUUACUUGGGCUGGUGAAAGAGUACUUGGAUUUUGCAGAGUUUGAAGAAACGGUGAAAAUAUUUACAAAGGAAUGUAAAGUAAAAGGGAAGCCAUUACCAAAAAAAGUUGGAGGUUCCUUGAGAGACUCAAAAGCUUUGAUCAUCCAGAAGGAUCUGCUCAUAGCAUUUGAAGAUGGUGAUCAGAAAGUUUUCUUUGAGCUCUGGGAGGAGCAUAUCUCAUCUUCAAUCCGGGACAACGAACCGCUUGUCCAGAAGCUGGAGUUUUACCUUCACAUACACUUUGCCAUCUACCUCUUGAAGCAUUCGGUGGGAAAGCCGGACAAGGCUGAGUUUGAUGAAAGGAUUUCUCGCUUUAAAAUGUAUCUCGAGACAAAGGGAGCAGCAUUGAGCCAGACCACAGAAUUCCUCCCCUUCUAUGCCUUGCCUUUUGUUCCCAAUCCCAUGGUCCAUCCGUCAUUUAAAGAGCUUUUUCAGGAUUCCUGGACAGCAGAUUUGAAGAUGAGGUUGGAAAAGUUCCUAUCUCAAACUGUCAAAGCCAGCCAUACUCCAAGACUUCUCACUUUAUAUAAGGAGCAUGGGCAGUGCAGCAAAGAAAUGUUGCAGCAGCUUCAUCAGCAGCUCAUGGAAGCUGACCGCAGGAGCAUGACCUAUGUGAAACGCUUUAAUAAAAUCCAGGCAGACUAUCACAAUCUCAUCGGGGUUACUGCUGAGCUGGUUGAUUCCCUCGAGGCCACAGUCAGUGGCAAGAUGAUCACGCCGGAAUACCUUCAGAGUGUCUGCGUUCGCUUGUUUAGUAAUCAGAUGCGGCAAAGUGUAGCGCAUAGUAUUGACUUCACAAGGCCUGGAACUGCAUCAACAAUGUUGCGAGCAUCUCUCGUCCCUGUGAAAAUGCAGGAAGUGCCAUUGUUGCCCUCAUUGGAUUAUGAGAGGUUGAAGAACGAUUUGGUCUUUGGGAGUGAUCGCCUCAAAGCCUUCUUACUGCAGGCCCUGCGCUGGCGUUUGACAACAUCUCAUCCUGGAGAGCAGAGAGAGACAGUCCUGCAGGCUUAUAUAGGCAAUGACCUCCUGGAUUGUCACAGCAAUAGUCAGAGACAUGUGCUGAAAUUGUUGCAUUCCAAAAGCGAGGUGGUCCGACAGUACAUGGCAAGGCUUAUCAAUGCUUUUGCCUCUCUGGCAGAAGGUCGGCUUUACCUUGCCCAGAACCCAAAGUUGCUGCGAAUGCUGGAGGAAAGGCUGAAAGCCGAAGACAAGGAUUCCCUUACACGGGAGAACGUUCUGGGGGCUUUGCAGAAAUUCAGCCUCAGACGUGCUUUGCAGUCGGCCAUGAUCAGGGAUGGGCUCAUUUUCUGGCUGGUUGAUGUCCUGAAGGAUACAGAUUGCCUGUCAGAUUACACGCUGGAGUAUUCUGUCGCCUUGCUCAUGAAUCUUUGUCUCAGGAGUGCAGGGAAGAAAAUGUGUGCAAAAAUUGCAGACCAUGUGCUCAAAGUCCUCUCAGAUCUCCUUGGCCACGAAAACCAUGAGAUACAGCCAUAUGUGAAUGGAGCACUGUACAGCAUUCUAGCUAUCCCUUCCAUACGAGAAGAAGCCAGAGCAAUGGGUAUGGAAGAAAUUCUGCGAUGCUUUAUCAAGGAAGGAAAUGCUGAGAUGAUCCGGCAGAUUGAAUUUAUUAUCAAACAGCUCAAUUCAGAAGAGCCUCUGGAUGAUAGUGUUGAGUCAAAUGAUGAAGAGGAGGAGGAAGAUGAAGAAGAGGACCAUGACACAAUGGAGGCUGACUUGGACAAAGAUGAGGUCUUACAACCUCAGCUGGGAGAGCUGUCAGGAGAGAAGCUGCUGACAACUGAAUAUUUGGGAAUAAUGACCCAUACACCCAAAGUAAAGAAGAAACUGUUCCCUGGUGUCCAUCAGAGUAUAGAUGAGCCUCUGCAGAGACCAGUCACACCGGGCUGUCACAGGGCUGUGUAUCCAAUGCCAGAAAAUGAUGCCAUUCCUUCCCAUGGCAGGGACGGCAAACUCCAGACUCUGCAGAGCUGUUGUCCUCCCACCCGUAGUGGGAGCAGGUCCAACACUUCUGACUUCUGUAUUUCCUCUUCAUCAAUUGAAAUUGAAUCGUCCAAGAUAUUCUCAUCCAGUCUCAGAAUGGAUCCACACGCCUUAGGAGCUACUGAAAUCCUGUCUGUCCAAUCCACUGAUUUCACCCAGGACAAAGUAAACGGGCAGCCACACAGCGAGUUUUCUUCUGCCUUCAGCAGCAGACCCAGGAUCCCCCGCACACCCGACAUGCCUUGUGCCAGCACCAGGAAGGGGAAAAUCCCAACCAUUGCUCCCCAGUUCUCUCAGUCUGGACCGCAGCAAACCAGCCGCCCCAGCUCUUCAAGUUCUUCUGCAAGAAGCAGGCAGAGCAGCCAGUCCUACAGGAAGUGAGAACAGCGCCUUUCCUCAGGAAUCACCUGUCACAUUGCUGAAGGACACAGCCAGCUUCCUGUAA